AUGGCGACGUUGGCGUGGUUUCUAGCGGCAGCUCUGCUAUUGACAGCGGUGGCUGGCCGAAAUUUAAAACCACCGCCGCAAGAGAAUCGGGCGAAACUGUCGGAUCCCGUCAGGGUUCCGCGACAAGCGCAAUCUCACGUCGUUGCGUCGUUGUUGGCCGACGAUUCUCGACAGAUCUCCCCUAGACAACAACAACAACAACGACUUUUCAACGUCGAGGCUCGGAAAUAUCCAAGGAAACGGCAAUUGGCCGAUCUUGGGGCCAAUUUCCAGCCCAAUUUCGCGUUGCCGUUAAACGGGCAGCCACGCGCGCCGUUGCGCACGGCCACCUUCGACCCGGCCACCAAGACCACCACCAUCGUAACUCAACGAAUCAACGAGGUCGCCGAUCAACGGAUCGAGCCUCGAAUCUCGUCCGGCGUCGUUUUCGCGACGCCUCGAGGGAGCCAUCAUUUCGAGCGUUCCUUCCACCACGAGCACGGCCACCGCCACGGGCAUCAUCACUCCCAUCAUCACGGCCACCACUCGCACCACUCGCACAAGCAUCACAGCGAGCACGAGCACAAGCACGGGCACGAGCACAAGCACGAGCACAAGCACGGGCACGAGCACAAGCAUCACGGGGAGCACCACCAUCACCACGGUCAUCAGCAUCACUCGAAACACGAGCACCACGAGGAGCACAAGCAUCACGCCGAGCAUCACCACCAUCACAAGCAUCAUCAUCACAACGAGCACCACCACCACCACGAGCACCACCACGUGAACGAGCAUCACCAUCACCACAGCCACAAGGAGACCGAGAAUCACCACCAUCAUCACGGCCACGAGCACGAGGAGCAUCACAAGCACGGGCACAAGGAGGAGCACAAGCACCGACCACGGCCACGAGCACAAGCACGGUCAUCACGAGGACCAUCAUCACUCUCACCACGAGGACCACCAUCACAAGCACGGGCACGAGCACAAGCACCAGCACCACCAGGAUCAUCGCACGGCCACCACGAGGAGCACCACCACGCCCACCACGAGGACCACAAGCACGCCCAUCGCGAGGACCACCACCACAAGCACGGGCACGAGCACAAGCACGGGCACAAGGAGGAGCAUCACCACGGGCAUCACGAGGACCACCAUCACUCCCAUCACCAGGAGCACAAGCAUCACCACCACGAGGAGCACAAGCACGGGCACGAGCACAAGGAGGAGCACAAGCACGGCCACGAGCACGAGCACCACCACCAUCAUCACGAGGGACACCAUCAUCGCGAGCAUCACAAACACCACGCGUCCCACGAGCACAAGCACGGCCACGAGCACGAGGAACGUCACAAGCAUUUCGACGAGCAUGGUCACAAGCAUCGUCACGAGGACAGCCACAAACACUCGGAAGCCCAUCUCCACUCCGGUUACGAGCAACACGAGCACUACAAGCAAGGACAAUUGGGACAUUACUUCGACGCAUCGCAGAAUCACGAGGAAUACGCGUUUCCGGAGGAGAGCGAGACGCCCCGAGUCGAGGAUAUCCUUAAAAUUAAGAAGGAAGGGGGGGAGGAGAAGCGGAAGGGAGCACCACCGAGCGAGCCACGACGACGGACGAUCGAGCAUAAUCGUUCGAACGAAAAUCCUUCCCUUCCGAAAAAGACUUCAAGACUCGUUUCGCUUGCGUUCGACCGCGUUCCAGCGUUUCGUUCCCUACAAAUUGUUUCUCGUCUUCUUCUUAGCCUCGAGUUAUAUCUUUGUUGA